CCGCCAACCCCAACCCAAUCGUCGUCACUCCGGGGCGCUCAGGACCCAAAAAAAACCAACACGUACAUCGCAUUCGUCUUUCUCCCAUCUUGCACUACUUUCAGCUCCCCCCCCCAAGCCGACUUCGUGUUUUUUGAUACCCCUUCUCUCCGUCGUCCCGAACCAACCCCUCGCUUGUUUCGCCUCCCCUUCCCUAGGUAUAUACACAAAUAUAAAGGGCCUUUUCACAAUGGCGACAGUCACAACCAAACAGCGCCUCGCGGUCGCCAUCUGCGAAUUCCUCUCCACCUCGGUCAACGACGGCACCGUCCCCGCCGACGACAAGGACUCCAUCGAUGUCGCCAUCCAGUGCAUCGCCGACUCCUUCAAGGUCGACCCCACCGACAAGAAGCUCCUCGCCGACUCGGUCGGCUCCCAGAACCUCCACCAGAUCUACUCCGUCUACGAGAAGCUCAAGAAGGCGUCCACCCCCGCCGCUGCCGCCGGUGCCUCGGCCGGUGCUGCUGCCGCGGGCGCUGCUGACGCCGCUGCGACCGCCUCCUCCAAGGUUCCCACCGAGCAGGAGAAGAAGGACGCCGACGCCCUCAAGUCGCGCGGCAACGCCGCCAUGGCCUCCAAGGACUACCCCUCCGCUAUCGCCCUCUACACCCAGGCCCUCGCCCUGAACCCGGGCAACGCCGUCUUCCUUUCGAACCGCGCCGCCGCCCACUCCGCCGCCAAGGACCACGAGUCUGCCAAGGCCGACGCCGAGGCCGCCGUCACCAUCGACCCGGCUUACACGAAAGCCUGGUCGCGCCUCGGCCUUGCCCGUUUCGCCCUCGGCGACGCCAAGGGCGCCAUGGAGGCCUACGGCAAGGGCAUUGAGUACGAGGGCUCCGGCGGCAGUGAGGCCAUGAAGAAGGGUUUCGAGACGGCCAAGCGCCGCGUCGAGGAGAUGCAGGCCGAGGAAGUCGACCUGCCCCGCCAGUCCCCCGGCGUCGGAGGUGGUGGUGCCGGUGGCGCUGGAGCUGGCAUGCCCGACCUGAGCAGCCUGGCGAGCAUGCUCGGCGGUGGCGGCGCGGGCGGUGCAGGAGGCAUGCCCGACUUCAGCCAGAUCAUGAACAACCCCAUGUUCGCCAGCAUGGCCCAGAACCUCAUGAGCAACCCCGACAUGAUGAGCAACCUCAUGAGCAACCCCCGCCUGCGCGAGAUGGCCGACCGUUUCGGCGGCGGUGGAGGUAUGCCCGACCUCAACUCCCUCAUGUCCGACCCCAACAUUGCCGACAUGGCCCGUAACAUGAUGGGUGGUGCUGGUGGUGCCCCUGGCGGCGCCCCUGGUGGUGCCCCUGGCGGAGGUGCCGGCGCCGGCCGCGGAGGCUCUGCUUAGAAGCUUUUCGCAGUACGAAGGGAGGAUGGAGAUAUGGUUUGAUAAACGCGAAGCCGCAUGAUGCUUGACGGCAUGGUGGACAAAUAUUCACCAGCGGAUUACGAAACUCGACCUACGUCGAGAUAUGAUAGAUGCCGAUGCAUCAAAUAGAAUAUC